AUGGUAUCAUCACCGACAUAUUCACAAAAGGUGUCUACUCUCAUCCUCCACUAUGUCUCAUCAUCCCGACGGAAGGAAGGACAAUCCCCAUUUGGAGAAGAAGUAAAGCCAAGGAAAUGGGGAGAAAGCGACAUGAAGUUCUUGAAGGAGUCGACAACCAUACCUUUACCCAAGUUGAAUAAUUCAGACAUUUCGAAAUCUUCGGUACCAGGGUUCGUCAGACCAUCACAAGAGGCAACAAGACACGAAUCUCUUCCGGUCACAAGAACAAAAGAAGGUUUUGACCCUAAUGCUUAUAAGCUCAUGUCAAAGGCAGGUUAUGACUUCGGCUUAUCUUCUUCGAUGGGUGAGCUUAAUCCAGAUGAGCAACGUUACACAAUUGACUCAGCUAGAGCAUGCCUAGGUUUUACUCAUGUCGCACCUGUUAAGAUCUCUGCUAGAAGAAAAGAAAAGAAAGCAGAAGCUCAACAUAUUAGUGUCGAAGCGGUGGAGGAGAAAGAAGAACCAAAGGCUGUUAAGAGAGCCUCAGUGUUCGACCGUUUAGCCAAGCCUACCCAGCGGACCUCAGUUUUCAGCCGCAUCAAAGAAUCAACAUCACGACCUUCUGUGUUCAAAAGGAUAACUGGGCAUGAUAGCCAAAUGGGAAUUCAAUCAGCCCCAUGCAGAUCGGCGCUAGAAAGACUUGGAGUUCCAAGCAAGUCGUCUGAAGAGAAAAAUUAG